CUCUCUCUCUCUGCUCAUCAAACCGACGUUGCUUCAGCUAUCUGCUCAAUUUGCAGAUACAUAUACAUUUGUGUUGGGGUUCCAUUCGGUUGAUACUAACCAAAGACUGUGUUAUCCAGCAUAAAUUCAUUCUUCGCCGGUGAAUCGGCCAUGGAUUCCUUCACGACAUCUGCUUGAAGAGGUCUGUACCUGUUCGUUAGCCGAAAGGAAUCAGAAUUCAGAAAAAAAGAGAUGUCGGAUGUGGACCACUUGAUAGCCAAGAAAGUAGCUGAUCGAUACCUGAAACGUGAAGUUCUUGGAGAAGGUACCUAUGGUGUCGUCUACAAAGCCAUUGAUACUAAGAGUGGACAAACUGUUGCAAUAAAGAAAAUCCGGCUUGGAAAGCAGAAAGAAGGGGUGAAUUUUACAGCUCUUAGAGAAAUAAAGUUACUGAAAGAGCUCAAGGAUCCAAAUAUAAUAGAACUUAUUGAUGCUUUUCCUCAUAAAGGCAACUUGCAUCUUGUUUUUGAAUUCAUGGAGACUGAUCUUGAAGCUGUUAUUCGGGAUAGGAACAUUGUUCUUUCUCCCACUGAUAUUAAAUCAUACCUUCAAAUGACAUUGAAAGGACUUGCUUUUUGCCACAAGAAAUGGGUUUUGCAUAGGGAUAUGAAACCAAAUAAUCUGUUGAUAGGACCUCGUGGACAACUAAAACUUGCAGAUUUUGGUUUGGCGCGUAUAUUUGGUAGUCCUGACAGAAGGUUCACUCACCAGGUAUUUGCUCGAUGGUAUAGAGCACCAGAGCUAUUAUUCGGAGCAAAACAAUAUGGUCCGGGGGUUGAUGUUUGGGCAGCAGCUUGUAUAUUUGCUGAGCUUCUUCUACGCCGCCCGUUUCUACAGGGUAGCAGUGAUAUCGACCAAUUGGGUAAAAUCUUUGCUGCAUUUGGGACUCCAAAAGCUUCUCAAUGGCCAGAUAUGAUUUAUCUGCCCGAUCAUGUUGAAUAUCAGUAUGUUCCCGGGCAGCCACUUCGGGCACUGUUUCCAAUGGCGAAUGAUGAUGCCUUGGAUCUGUUGUCCAAGAUGUUUGCUUAUGAUCCAAAAGCUAGAAUUUCAGCUCAAAUGGCAUUAGAACAUAGGUACUUCACUUCGGGACCUCCCCCUACGGAACCGGCUUUGCUUCCACGGCCUCCACCAAAGAGGGAGUCUAUAGACUCAAAGCCGCCCUCAGAUGGUGGUGGUGGUCCCACAGUGUUAUCACCUACAAGAAAAUCAAGAAGAGUAAUGCCACAUCAGCAUGACCAUGGAAAUGAAAGAAGUGGACCCGCACCAAUGUCACUAGAUUUUUCCGUCUUCGCCGCAAGGCCGCCAGCUAGACCGACAAUUAACAGUGCUGACAGAAGCCAUCUGAAGAGAAAAUUAGAUCUGGAAUUCCAAGUCCCCGAAGAAGAUUGAUGAAAUUAAAAUUUUAAACAUGUCAGAUUUAAUUAUAUACUUAUAUAUUAUUUUUGUUGUAUUGGACUAGUGAAAGUUUUGUGAUCCGAAUAAUUGAUGUAUUUUUGAUAAUUAAUCAGACAUGGAAUUUAGAUUUACGA